UGGUGCGGGCCUGACCGUGUUUUCCCCGGAUCCGAGAUCUCCGAACGCGGGGUUGGGGCGGGGGGGCGGCCGCGAUCAUAGAAUCAUAGUUUUGGGUUGGAAGGGACCCCUAGAGGUCAUCUCGUCCAGCCCCCCCCUGCAGUGAGCAGGGACACCGCUAACUAGAUCAGGUUGCUCAGAGCCCCGUCCGACCUGGUCUUGGAUGGUAACGUGCUGUUGAAAACACAAUUAUUAUUCUGUACCUCAAGUGCCAGGGCUGCCCCCCAGCACCUCUCUGAAGACAAGGAUUGUGCUGAAUAGCUUUCCGUGAGUUAUUUAUUAACUAGUAUUCAUCCCUUCCUUAGUACCUGUGACUAAGCGAACUAUCAGGACUGUGAAAUUAUGGAAUAAAUUACUACUCUGUUGAAAAAAAAAGUAGCUAGUUAUAACAUCCAACACUUCACAUUGAAGUCACACCAAAAAGACAAGCACUUAAGUGCUCUGUGAGCUUCUAACAAGGCUCCGUAUAAAGAAACGUAUUUGACGGGUACGGCUCUAAUGUACUGCUAGGUUAUGAUCAAAAAAAGUUGAAAUGACGUUGCUGUGUCGCCUUAAAUUUUGUAGCGUGCAGCAGCAUAGCUGAUGGUUUCCUGAGCUCCUGCGUCGGGGGGUCCUGUGAAGCAGUUUCAGUGUUCUCAUUAAGUUUUGCAAUGCUAGAAUUCUGCCUUUGAUUUCUGUUUAUUUGUGUAACCGUGACACGGAGAGCAGCAGUAAAUAGAUCUAAGGAAACCAGCCACUUUAAAAUUGGUGUGGUGUGCAUUGUAGAGAAGCAAGCAGUGCUUUCAUUGACAGCUCCAUGGUCCAGUACAUUUAAUAGAAAUGUGUGACUAUUUACAAAACAACUAUUAUCUUGUUUCCCCAAGACGUUUUGGCCUCUCACAUAAAAAGUAUAAAGUUUGAAGUCUAUGAAAUCCAUUUAUUUGUAAAGAGUCCGGUUAGUUCUUGGUCACCUCUUUACUGUGAUAACUUUAUUCUCCUUUACCUUAAAAUCCUACUAUGUACAGCUUUCCAGCUCAUAAUGGUAACAGGCUGGAAGCGAGCCUUGGGAGACUGGUUUCUUACCUAGCUCUGGAAUGCUUCUUGACUUUUUUCUGCAAUCUCCUCCUAGAAGUGUGAUGCUAUGAACAUAAAUAAUAGCAAUAAACGUACAGUUUUAUUUAAAGUAUCUGCUGUUUUUCUGGGAGAUGCCCGAAGCCUUUCUAAAGGACUCAAGAUUCUUCUGGGGAAGACAGAUUUUAGUCUGAAACUUUUCAGCUCCAGCACCAGACUUAGUGUCUGGUUUAAUUCCAAUGUGGUAUCUUCAUAGGGCUUACACCACCGUGGGUUUUAAAGCCCUUUCUCCAAAGAAGUGUUGCAUCGCAGUAGUGGCUGGAAGCCAACGCUGCAUACCUCUCGCCGAGACAGACGGGUGGGAGGGCAGGCACAGAAGGGCUGGAGAAGCACAAACCAGCAGCUCUGGCUGCGUGAGUCCUGGAAGCGUUCAGAUACUGAAUUAUUUUCGUCAAGGAGAGCAGGCAGCUAGCGCCAGAUCCGAGCAAUGACAACGGAAAGCAGACACAUUCCUUGCCUCGCUGACGGAUUGGAGCACUCCCUGAUGGCAGUGGAAGCCAUCUGCUCCCGGUGUCACGCGUCAGGAAAGUCCUCGUUAGAAGUUCUGUCAGAAACUUAGGCCUCCAGUCACUGCAGCGCAGCGUGCCUGGUUUAGGACUUGGGAUUUUCAUUGAUAAAGGUGCUGUUUCUAUAUUAGGACACUGUGUCAGUGAUUUCCCCUCUGCUUAAUUCCAGCUUUUUCCAUUCGUAGAUAGACUGUGGGCUGCAUCAUUGUUUAGCUUAGUAUAAUUUCUCUGCAAAAUUUGGAUAAACUUUGGCUUAUCGGAAAGGGACAGUGGCUGAAACUCAGCUCUUACACUGCAUUAGAAAUAAGGAAUAGUGAAACUGGAGACAUUUCAAUCUUAAUUCCUUUUAAGAUUAAAAAGAUUUAAGUCAACUCAGCUGAUACAGUAUGGAAACGUGUAAGUUUAAAAAAAACACUUUAUAAAAAAAAUAGAAAAUUAGUAGGAAUUAUAAAUGUUAUGCCCACAUUUCACUUGUGAUGGUCUAAAGGUACUUCAGAGUUUUAAUUGUAGGUGUAAAUAUAUAGGCUGAACUUACCCCAGUUUUGCAUCUGCUUUCAGAUUUUGAAUAUAGUGCUACUAACUGGAGAAGAUUUUAAUAUACUGAAUUGCAGUAACUUCUUGGUCUCAAAAAUCCAUCUGCUUCUGCUGCUUAUGGGGGGAAACACAGUACCAUAGAUGUCCUGUAGAUUUUCUAUUUAACACCUGUGGGCUGGAAUAAAAAGUGCAUAUGCAAGUUAUGAUGCUGUAGUACGGUAUAGUACUUCUACCAAGGAGUUUGAAUUUCAGCUCAGAGAGGCCAAUCUCAUUAGCAUUUCCAGUGCUCAUUUCAAAAUACUGAUUUUCACUGAGGUUGCUCUAGUAUAAUGAUUAAUGAAUUACCAUCAGUCUCAUUGCCAUUUUGUGAGCUAAGAAAUAUGCCUUCACAGCUGUGGCACACACAGUCAGAGCAGUUCUGUGUUCCCUCUAAUCUGGCUUUUCAGUCACAGAUUAAAGCAAAGGAAAAUCGAAGAGGAAUGUUGUCCCCUAAGCAAUUCCUGAGAGCAUAGCAAGUAUUGAAGUUUGGUUAAGCUGUCGGUUUAAAUAUUUAUCUGCACUAGAAAUACAAUUUUUUCUAAGGCAACAAUUUUCUGCUCAAAAUUUAUGGAAAUACCUAAUGUGACAGUUGAAUCACUGUAUUUUCCAUCUUCUAAUUUGUCUCAGGAGUCCAGAAUUAAACAAGAUUUACUUUCGGUUUGAUUCAGGGCAGUAUGAGGUGUUGGUACUGUUGUCAGUAAGCUUUUUAUUUCUUUUUUUUGGUUAUACAGAUGAAACUUCUUUCUGCAACUCCUGGAAAAGUUGUUUGCGAAAUGAAAGUAGAGGAGGAGCAUACAAACAGAGGUGGCACGUUACAUGGAGGUUUGACGGCCACACUUGUGGAUGUGGUGUCAACAGCAGCAUUGCUGUACACAGAAAAAGCGGUGCCUGGGGUCAGUGUGGACAUGAAUAUCACAUAUACUUCUGCUGCUAAGAUUGGAGAAGAGAUACUGAUUACAGCUCAGAUUUUGAAGCAAGGAAGAAAUAUUGCAUUUGCCAGCGUGGAUUUAACAAAUAAGGCGACAGGGAAGUUAAUUGCACAAGGUAGACAUACAAAGUAUCUAGGAAAUUAAUAUAAGAAAGUAAUUAAAAAAAUAAUAAUGUUGGGCUUAAGAAUCCCAUAUAGAAUAAUUUUCUCAUUUAUACAGUAAGACAUCAUCUGCACAAAGUUGUGAUAUAUAGUCUCACUCCCAUAAUAAAUGAACAAAUAUUUUCAUUACCACCAGAAUUGUUACAAGCCUAAAAUUAGUGCCUGUUUGGGGAUGAAUAACAGAGUGCAAUAGCGUGGGGAUGCAUCUGGCUUUUUUUGGUCAAGCUGGCAGGAGGAAAAGAGCCUUUGGACUAGCCAUAUGGUCUACCAGCACGACAGCAUUUCAAGAGAUCUCUGUUUUCUUUGCCUGUGGUGUCGUCAUGUGACAAAGCAACCCUGUCUUCAGGCCCGUCACAGUCACAUUCAAACAACACUGUAUGGGCUUACAAACUAAACUACUUGUUCAAUAAGGUGGUAGCACAGAGUUCCUAUAAUGUAGUGUGGAACUGGUUUGAAAGUGUACAGCAGGCUAAUACGAAAUGUUAUUUACUGAUGCUGUGACAAAUUCAGAAGUAUUCAAUAAAGCUUUCUGAAACUACCUUUUUAAAGAUCAUUAAUAGUUUUGUAAUCUCUGCACUGAGUAAAAGCUUGCCAGCGUGGAAUGGUUGAGGGAGGGUGUGGUGGAACGCUUCUGCACAAAUUCACCUGAGAUUUCAUCAUCUUCCUGUGAUUCCUGAAUGUGAAAAUGCAGUUACGUCAUCAGGGCUUUUCACCUCUACCUACCUGAAGUUCUGGCCAUCUUUGUUUAAAAAUCAUCAGCUGAGAGUUUGAGAUCUAUCAAAAUAAAUUUGGUGAGCCUUUCAUCAGGCUAAGGCUGUAGAUUGUAUGACCUGGGUUGAACGUGGGAGAGUUAAGCUGCUAGGCAUCAGCUGAAGACUUGUCUCCUCACUUGCUGCUGCAGACAGGUUUAACUGCUUUCUUCACACUGAUGACAAACGAUCCCUGGGAGGGCUAUCACACCCACAAUAAAAGCAGUGAUGCUACAUAUGCAGUUCAAGUUUACAUAAACCAUGACGUUAGUUUUUCUUCUCUACUGGGAGAUCCAAAAAAGUUAAUCCACACUAGUAAAGGGCAUGCAUGAUUCUUUUUGUCAUGGAAGUUGACUCAUUGUCUUCAGCGAUUUGGAUUUUGUGGUUAAAUGUGCAGUUAGGGCUCUUUUUUUUUUGUGCAUUCCUAAACAUGAAGAAUUAAUUUUCAGUGAGUUAAGUGAUCUGUUCAUGCAGACUGAUUUUCAAUAUGAAGUUGAACGCGUUUACUAAUGUAUCAGCAAUCUUUCCAAAAUGGCUUUUGAACAAGUGAUAUAGCUGGUAACUUACCCUUCAGUGGACGUUCUCUAAAAAAAUACCUGCAGCGGGCUCAGGCUAUCGGCAUGUAUUUUUGCUUCAAGUUUAGAACAGUUGUUCAUGGUAUAUACAUUCUAAACAAAAGUUUUUUCUCUAAGGCUGUCUCAGAAGCCUACGUGGCUUAUGUGCCUGUGGCUAGUUGAACUUUGAAUAGCAACAUCCUCUCUGCAGCAGUACAUUCAUAACUAUUUCCCCCCCAGUACUUGCACUCAUGCUCAGAAUCAUCCCAGCAUCCCAUUUAUAGAAACUCAAUGCUUUGCUAGAGCAGUUCUGUGAAGAUCCUUAUUACAAGAGCGACCUAUUUUGUUUUAAAUCUUUGCUCAGCAGAACUAUAUGCUUCUUCACUCUAUUAAAUUGUUUCUCACUUGACAGCUUCCUCUGCCUGGAGCUCUUGAGCAUCUCCAGCUCCUCUACAGUCACUAGGAUGAGCAGGCAGACAGGAUCCAUUGAAGCAUGCAGACACACCUAGUGAGUGUAGCAAUUGCUGUUCUGAUUGUCUUCCUGUUAACAUGUUCUGGCAUCUCCAAUCAUCUUUUUUCUCAUUCUUAAGUUUACUGGUUUUCUUCCAUAGUUACCCAUGUACUAGAGUGCAAGGAAAUAGAAGUGAGGAUUAAAACCGCUCCCCCAACUACUAUAAACCCUCACUGGAACACAGGAGUAGAUUUUGAUUAUUAUCUGAAAUGAGGCAGAGAGUAAGAAUCAGUGAGGUGCCGGAUUCAAUACAUGCCAAAAGAUUCAGAACACUUUCAGCCCUCUGUGCUGGGGCAACUCUGUCCUUGUGCAACUGUCCCACUGCAACUUCACGUGACUUCCCUCGAUCAAAGCUGGCUGCCUCAGGAACCUGCCACAGUUAAGUGGUCUCAUUCUAUCACUGAGCAUUCAUCAUAUCUACAUAAUUACAAUCGAAAAGUGUCCAGGCACAUUAAGAGUGGCAAGCCUCAGCAUGGAAACAACAGUAUCCUCCUGUUCCCAUCGGAGCCUGGCAAGGACUGUUGCAGGCUAAGAGGGAAACAGGGAAAAAAGCCCUUCCUGAAGUAACAAGUGAAUUCUCCCUCAUAACAGACUAUUCACUGCAGUAUCUUAGUGCUACCUAAUUAGUAAGAAAGAGGGACAUGAUGAAUAUGCAGGCCAGUUAUUUUAGAAGCGGUUCAUUAAACUGAUUAUUUUAAGACAACCUUGUCUGUUAUCCCUCCACCAGCAGCAGCACACUGACCUCAUAAUUUAUUUCACAACUUAACUUUGGCUUGGAGAUGAACUUAGAAGGAAUUGUCACCAUUGAGCUUGCUUAGCUUUGGGAGUAAACUGUCAAACAUCAGACUUAAUAUUUGGAAGUGUUCUUUAAUGAUUUCACUCUAACCUACAUGUUGAAAAAUCUGUAUCUUAGCCGAGUCUCAGAGGAAGUAACGGAAAACAAUCACCGUAAUGAGAACAAGCAGCACAUGGUUCCACCUGGCAUCAGAACAAACAUCUCCUGUGGGGCUGACCUGGUUCCAUCACUGCAGAUUCAGGCACAAUUCCCUUACAAGCCAGCAAAUAAAAGUGACUUGGUGGGAUCAUCUUCUGAGUCUUAACUAACACACCAAAUUACAUAUCCAGUAACUGACAGACACCUGUAAGCUCCAUUAUCAUACAGCUGCAAAUGAGACUGUCCUUCCCAUAUUGUGCUGGUGUGGGGUUUUUUUCCCCCCCCCCUUAAUUUUCUUUUUUUUUUUUUUUAAACCUACCAAAUGCCUACACUGUAGACUCCUUGAUGUCUAGCGGUCUGUCCUUAUGGAAGGCCACGCUUUGCACAUAGCAGUACGUGACAUGCUGUGGAACAGUUUGUCCCGAUCGGUGAAAGUAACUGCAGCUUCCCACUUCGUGCAGUGUAUCGGUCAGUCAAGCGUUUCGUGCUGGCUGCACAUCAGACUGACAGCCAGAGAGCUGUGCAUUACAGAUCCCUUGGGAAAAUGAGGAAUCGGAACAGAAUCCCACUGGUGUUUAAAACCAAGAGCCUGGAUACUACUCGAAGCAAGUAUUGAUCACAGGUGAAGGUGCUGUGAGGAGGGAUUUAGUCAUUAAGGAUUCCAGCUCUUAGGAAAAAGCAACUUGUCAGUGAUAAACUAGGGAAAGGAGAGGGUAAGAAAGGACAUCACUGCUUGCUGGAGCGGGCAUUAAACCAUCAGGACUCCUCAUUAGUCUUUCAGGGUGAGUCACCUGUCACAGGGGUCUCAUGGCUGAGCUGCUUCACCUAGGUUACUCUGCCAAUUUAAUUACGAGAUAGUUGGUUUAUAAUUCUCAGACUGGCAAGCCUUACCACCUAAAGGGGAUGGGGGGGGGCAGGGAGAAUGAGGCUGUUAAGUAACUGUUCGGAACAGCAGUUCAGUUCUGUUCAGCUUCACUGACUGGCUCCGGGCCACUGUCAGGGCAUACGGAAGAAUUCCCAACUGCAUUUUAUCACUCACUAUUUUAGAAUUCUCUGUCUGCAGAAACCAUUUAGCCAGUAGAAAGAAACCCAAGAACCUCUCCCUUACCUCACUGUCCACAGGAACAAAGAAAAAAGCACUUUGGUUCCUGUUUUGUUACUGAAAAAGUUUGAGACAAUGCAAUGACAGUUACUAUCUUUGUGAUCCUGUAACGUGUUCAUUGGACAACUGCUGUGUCCAGAUCCCCUGCUCCCAAGCUGCCAUGGCUGUGCAUACACAUGGCAGUGGAUACAGUUCUCACCUAAACCAGAGCAAGUUACCUGCAGGCUCUCAUCAAACAAGACACAUUAGCUACCCUCCAGAAAAAGAAAAAAAAAAAAAAAAGGACCAAACCAACUACUUUUUUGUUCACCAAAA